AAUCAUGUCGUUAGUUCAUUCACUAGUUCCCCAACUCACUGUUGUGUAAAUGUAGAGUACGCUAAAAAACCAAUGAUUUUUUAGUAUGUUGGUAUUUCAGGCCAUGAAAGUCCGUAAGUUGCAAUGCUAUUCAUAUACCUCGUCUGUGCACGUGACAUACCAAGGAGGACAAUAAUGUGUGAUGAAGAUAGAAAUAGCGAUUAGUUCUACCAUUUCACCGUUAUGUGGAAUUUCAGUGCCCGCAAAGCGAUCAAAUUUUCAUUUGCAAAAAAGCUAUUAAAUAGGGAUUAAUAAAUCUGCGAAAAUUUAUAAUUAUACGAUUUUAUCCUUUUAAAUUUAUAAUUAAAAUUUAUAAUUAUACGAUGUUAACCUUUACAAUUAGAUUCUCAGCUUUUUUCCCACAUUUUAUUUGAUCUGUAGAAUACAUGUAUGAAGAUUUACAAGUUCCAUUUAUGUAGAUCGGACAGGUUCAGAUUUUCACUCGAUUAAUCUGCGGCCAAUGUUAAUGAAUUUGGAAGCUAAUACUUUAAACUGUAUCCACGUUUAAUUUUAAGUCAAUUUUUGAACGUAAUUCAAGAGAAAUUGAACAAUACAUCUGGAACGCGAAAAAGCAUCAUAUUUUAAUCUAUAUUAUCUUUAGUCAAUGACCAUUGAUUGUCCUAGUUCCCCAGAAUACGAAAUUUAUUUUUUUCACUACAAGUUUGGUACGUGGCAUAUUUUAUUGAGUGUACGUAGUUAUGUUCAACAUCACGUUAGCAAUGAAUUCAUUGCAAGACGCAGAUAUUUAUACAGAAUUUAGCGUAUAAAAUAUUUUUCAAACAAAAUGGAUUACUUAAUUCCAUCAUAUUAACUUCAAAUACAUUCAGCUUUUUUAUAACACUUGUCCACAAAAUCUAUCAGCUGUCAGUCUUGAAUUUAAUAUUUCCAUGUUAUCAAUUAUCUUUGACACUCGUGACUGCAAUUAAUAUUCAGAAUAUUUACGUCAGAAUAUCAUCUUAGAAAACUGUACUUUGACCAAAGAAACUAAUUAUGAAUUAAUUCAGUUAGAAUUGUCGGAUUAUUUUAUUGAAAGAUAUUUUAUUUAAUAUACCGAAAAAUAUGGGUAAUAGAUCGAGUCUUCUUUUACGCGAAGAAGAAAUAGCGCAAAUUCAAGAAGCCACUGGAUUUACUCCAAACCAAAUUGAACGCUUGUAUAGUCGUUUCACAAGUCUUGAUAGGGGUGAUUGCGGAACGCUUAGCAGAGAAGAUUUCCUUAGGAUUCCAGAACUAGCGAUAAAUCCUCUUGGUGAUAGAAUUGUAAAUGCUUUCUUUGAAGAAAGUGGUAACGAUAGGGUGAAUUUCUUACAAUUUAUGCAAGUGCUGGCUCACUUCAGGCCCAUUAAGAAGAAUAGCCCUAACAGAUUAAACUCUAGGCAAGAGAAAUUGAAAUCGAAGAACAGUUAACUAGCAUUGCAGAGAGAACUAUAGUAGAGGCUGAUGAAAAUGGUGAUGGAAUGAUUUCAUUUGAGGAGUUUUGUAAAGCAUUAGAAAGGACAGAUGUGGAGCAAAAAAUGUCCAUACGAUUCCUUAGUUAAUUUAUUUUAUUUAAUCUUCUUUUAUAAAUGCACAAUUUGCUGAUGUGUUGGACACGUGUAUAAAGAUUUAUUAUAAUUAAUAAUGAUGAAUAUAAUAAUUCUUUCUUACAUCUUUUCAUUUAUUUUACAUUGGAAGAAAGUUGAAUAAUGUUUAGUAUUCAAUGGUACAAUAAAAAGAAAAAUAUAGAAAAUUUCAUCUUCUUUAAAACUAUUAUUAAAACAGCUAAUGAUUUUAAUUAAUAAAAAAUAGUACUGUUAUAGAAUUUCACUACGAUGACAGUUUUUGGUAA